AUGAAACGAAAAGAGAGUGACGAAUCCCCUUCGUCGGAUGAUAAUUCGGGAGAGCGUCUCAUUGACCAGGGUGAAUCUUCAGAAAUAGAUAUCCCCCCGCUGGAACGAGCUGCUGAGUUUUCGCAGCCUUCACCCCACUUCAAAUCGCCGGAGAAGACUUCUAACAAAUCAUCCAACUCAAAGGUGGCCCCAAAUCUUGAUCCCGAGCCAACGCCGAUUCCCCAACGAAAGACAAGUUCUCCAAAGGAAUCAACUGAGAUUCCCCCCUCGAAUACCGAAACUCAACCUUCUCAACUGAGCCGAUAUGAGAUGAUGGAGCGAGCUGCUGAGUUUUCUCAAAGAACUAGUCAAGAAGAACUACUCAAUGAUGACGUGCCUUCGGAUCCAGAGAUCUCCCUCUCCGUCAGCGGAGAACUUUUCGAUGAUGAGCUGCAGCCAAUGGACACUGCGCAGAUUUCCCAGCAAGACGAAGAAGAAGCCAACUCUUCUCAAGGCUCCUCCGUCUACAAAACGCCUGAAAAGAGUCGACCGAAAUCGCCCAGUAAUACUGAUCAAUCAGCACCCGCUUCACCUCCACAGCCCCCGAGAAAGCUUCGUCGACGCCUCUUCAAUGAAAAUCAGGAAGAAUCGAUGGAUACCCCGGAAAUAUUCAUGGCGUCCUCGGGAGAUACGACAGGGAGAUCGAAAAAGGUCGAAAUGAAAGAUUUCUGGUCACAGACUUCUGGAGAGACGCUACGAGAGACUGAAGGGAGAAAAAGGAGAACUCACGAUGCGCUGAACUUAUGCGCCGAAGAGUCUCAAGAAGAAAGAAAGAAGAAGUCACAAGAAGGGAUAAACCAGACCCAGCGAGUGGGCGAUCUUUUAAACCACACAGCGCUUGCUCUCGACUCACAACAGUCAACCCAAGCAACUCAAAAUCGACAAGAGUCAACAUCAGCAAUUCAACUUCAACCUCAAGAAGAGUCACAAGGGACUAAUGAAAAAUAUUUUACGCCUCCCACUUCUCCAACCUUGGAGCAAGCCUCAGCCACGCAGAAGACUUUCGACGAGGAUUUAGAUGACGAUUACUUUGCGAAGCUCAAAUCGCCGACGAGGAAUGCUGAAAUAGAUCAGGCUAAACAGCAAAAAAGAGUUAACAGAAAAAUGCCGAGAUCGAGAGCAAAACCAACGCGUGAUGAGGUCAAAGAAUCGGUGGCUAAAGCCUGUCGAAAAUUACAAGCUGGCGGUAUUAGUGGACGUCUGGAAUUGGCGAGGGCUUUUAUUUCAAGAAGAAACCGAGCACGAGAUUCGAGCGAUCCCUUGAAUCGAGAACUCGAAAAUGCGACUUCUUGGGAGCCAAAAGUACCGAAUGUGGAUUUUUCGAAGCCCGUUCCAGGAUCAUCAAGCCGUUUCAAAAAGCUUCUUCCAGUAGCGGAAAAGCCUGCAAAAGAAAAUCCGGGACCUUCGAAAUCUAAAGCUUCAAAAUCGCAAAGUCAUGAACGCUCGCAGCCACGAGAAGAGCAGGAGUCAGCUAAUAACUGGUCGCAGCAAGCUUUGUUCGAUGAAUCUGCGGAGGAUCGUCAAGCACUAUCGCCUGAACAUGAUCAAUUCCCACCCGCGCCAAUUGACAGAGAGGACGUUCGCGAAUUUAUGUUUCCCACCUCAAACAAGAGAAAGCUUCAGACUCCUGAAAAGGACGCGCAGGGCGAAGCAAGCACGAAAGAUCACGCAGCGAAAAGGAGCAAGCACGAGAAGGAAAAUAUAACGCCUAAGAAAAGCGCGUCAAAGCCGACGAUUCUUAAGCCAGCUGUGGAUAACACCAUUCCUCGUCGUCCAGGAAGAGAUGCCCUGAGCGAGAUUUCGGACUUGUCUUCUGCAUUUGAUAAUGACAGUCCAAUAAGAGGCGUCGGAAAGAUGAAGCAAAGUGAAAAGAAAGCAAUGAAAGAAAAGAGUGCGAAAUUGAGGCAUGACGAACCAACGUGCAGCAAGAAUCUAACACCUCCAGCGAUGCCACCAGAUGCUGAUCUUUCUAGCUUCUUGAACUCGAGCGAGGAUGAGGAAGUUCGUCGACCGCAAAGUCGUCCUCGGAGAAGAAAUAGAUCGCCAACAGCUAGCAUGAGCUUCUUGAACUCGAGCGAGGAUGAGGAAGUUCGUCGACCGCAAAGUCCUCCUCGGAGAAGAAAUAGAUCGCCAACAGCUAGCAUGUCGAAGCUCACCAAAUUACGAUCACCAGAGAAGUCACCAUCGCCAUCUAAAUCAAAAAAGAAGCCGAUUUCGAUGAAGAAAAAACAUCCAAAAAUUAUUCCUUCUGCAGCUCGAAAGCCUCCGAGAAGCAUCACUUCGUCCGUGGAGACAAGGGAUACGCGAGAAGAAUAUGACGAGAAAACAAUCUUCAUCAAAGAUGUGAAGAACAUUAAGGGUAGAAUUGGAUUCAGGCUCAGCGAAAAUAGCGAAGCAGGAAUCCACAUCAGCGAGGUUGUCCCGGGGUCGUUAGCAGAUAAAGCUGGUCUUCGUGCUGGAGAUAUUCUCAUUUGCUUCAACGUCAUUGCCGAAUUGGAAACAGAAGACUUCAAAUUCACUGUUAUUCGCGAUGUAUCAGACCAGUAUUCGGAGGAAGAAGACGUUGACACAUCAGGAGUUUCAGACAUAUCAGAUGCAGAGUCUGAUGACCGAGUACAAAACAUUGAUUCAGAUGGCAACGAGAGCAGAGUAGAGACUCCUGUUGAUACGAAUCCAGAGUAUGGCACAUUCGACAACACUGCUAACGUGACCAAUCUUCCUUCCGAGAGAAACGCUGCUGAUACGACAAAUCCUGACUACGAGACAUUUGACCGAUCUUCAAAUGUCACCGCUGGUACCUCCGAACAGCCUGAGCCUGCGUUCUCUGGCUCUUCUUCAGAUGUUCCGAGGCCAGAAUCUAUUGCUUCCAAUCAACGAGAGGAGUCUGACGAGUCAGCCAGUGAAGUGUCAGUCCAACCAGCUUCCAGCUUCAAGCCUUACAAGUGCCCAGAGGCGAACUGCGAGAUGGCCUUUGUAACAUCUGGUGGAUUGACGAAACACAGGCGGUCCAAACACACCGACGAAAAACCGUUCAAAUGCACUUUGUGCGAAUACGCUUCCGCCGAUAAAUCAAAUUUUUGUCGCCAUAUGAGAACUCACACGGGCGAGCAGCCGUUCAGCUGCGACAUCUGCGGCAAAGCGUUUGGAUCCAGCUCCAAUCUCAAGCGGCACGAGUUCUCGCACACGGGCGAAAAGCCCUACGAGUGUCCGCACUGCAAGGCGCGAUUUACGCAGAACAGCAAGCUCAAAAGGCACGUCAUGCAGCAGCACACGAAGACCGCGCCAAAGUUCGAAUGCGAAAUUUGCCACACGAUGUUUGGCCGAAAGUCCAACUUGGAUGUUCACAUGCGCAACCAACAUUCUUAUCAAGAGAUUCCCAUGCAAUGUCGCUACUGCGAAGAGAACAUUGAGCUUGUCACUCGGGAAGAUCAAGUCCAGCAUUACAAGUCAGCUGAGCACAGAAAUCUGCUAAAAUCGAAGCUCAAAGCAAAAACGGGAAGCGGAGAAAAUGAGAGCGAUGGUGACUCGGAUAGCUCUGAGGAGGAGUCGGAUUGGUCUGGAGACGAGGAAAUUGCAACUUCUGCGAAUCUGGAUGCUCCUGAAAUGCGAUUUAGAGGGCGUGCUCAGCAGCCCGGCGAGAAGAGGAGGAGAAAAAUCGUCAAAAGUCGGAAAAAACGGACUGUAAGCAAAGUUGAAUCAAAGCCAUCCAAACCUGCCGAGCCGGCGCCAGAAUCUGACGGAGAAGAUGUCGGUCCUGCUCUACCUCCCGGCUUCGUCAUUCCUAACAUGCAAGAACUCGCGAAAAAGUCGAAGAAAAAUGCGAAGAAAGAAGAAGAGGAAGUCUCUGACAGUGACUCAGAGUCAGAUGAUGAGCAAGACAAUGGGCGAAGAAUAACGCUUCCGAUAACGAGCCGCAUUGCGCUCAACCACGGAACUUUUCUUCUCGUUUUUGCGCGAUUGGCUUCGGUUGAGACGACGGGAUUGGUGAACUUCUUGGACUCGGAAAAUGCUUUUCAGCCAUUGAUGCAACUGUGGCUUGAAAAACAAUGCGAAAUUUUUGGCGCUUAUGAACGAAAAGAAUGUCGUUAA